AUGAACUCAGACUCGGAGGACGAGAAGAACGAAAAUAGAUGGUUUCAUGCGGAGGUUAACGAAGUUCCUCUUCUGCAAAAGUGCUUGCGUCCCCUGACCGACGGAGAGAACCCGACCGGGAACGUCGACUACUUCUGCGUAUCACCAGAUGGGAUGUACUUGGCCUCCACCCACGCCUACCUCGAAUUUUCGGUGGUAAACUUCGCAGCCUACUACUGCCCCGAGAAACGUGUGCUCCGUCUCCACCUCCGCCACUUGGAGGACCGGAUCGCCACCGCCGUCGACAUUUAUGCUGAGGAGGAUGGUAUAUCCCUGUGCUUCACAGGAGAGAGGCCAAACUACAACGCUUUACUCCUUUCUAUGAGAGACAGGGAAGGUAAUGUGAUCUAUAGCUCUGAGAUUGAGCUCGUUUUAUCCUAUCCAGGUUCAAUGGAAUUGAGAUCGUCAGAUGUGAAUUACACAGUGAGCAUUGACAUGCAGACCCAGACCUUUAUGCAACUUAUUGAAUAUCUGAGCUUGUAUGGGUUUGAGGGUAUGGUACAUCAACUUACUGUAGUUCAAGCCACCGUGCAAAGUACUGGAAUCAUGUUUCGUGCAGUUAAUGAGGAGAUUAUUUUGUGGGAGGAGAAGGGGAUAUACCAGAUUGAGCAUGAGGAAGGUGAGAUAGUUCAAUAUCCAUUUUUGUUGAAGUUUGAUCUAUAUCAAAAGAGUGCAUUACUGAAUGCAGCGAUUCUAUCAGAACGAGUUUGGCUACACCAACUUGUGGAUUUACGCACUGUAGUGGUGGUACCUGUUCAGGGACACCAUAGCAUCCAGUUUUGUUAUCAGCCUUAG